AUGGCCGCGUAUAUCAAUCUUAGUCUGCAGGGGACCGUAUAUUUUGCUGCACGUCGUUCCGCCGAAGAUGAUGCCAUGCUGCAAUUGUAUUCAAGCAGGCUUGUAGGCGUAGCAAGAGAAUCUACCUUUGAUGUUUUGUACUCUCGGAUUGCACGAGAUUGGCAUCAGCAGGACGACGUCAGUACACCUUCUAACGACCGCCGAUGGACUCACGUUCGAACGGUCUGGAAUUUUGACCUUGAUGGCGAUAUUUUGCGAUUGGACAAGAUAGAUCGCAACCUUUGGGUUCCUCUCAGCCUCAUUCGCCAGCGUUCCAUAACCAUUUCCGAUUUCGAGCCUUACGAACCACCGCCGACUCUUGCUAAACACGCUUUACAAUCCGUCUAUUCCGCACCGUGCUGGAGGAUGAGACGCAAGGAGAUCGACCUGCAGCGCCUACAGCGCCGCAAGACUUUCGUCUCCAGGAUACUUGCCGACUUUGCGUUCCAGUGGAGGCACAUCAUCUGUAGUCGUUACAACAACUCUACCUUUCGAAGGCUUGCCUAUGCUAUCGUCAGGAUUGUCACCCUAGACUUCACUGUCGAAGAAGCAACGCUCUCACGCCCAGGCACUGGCGGUUUCUUGGUCUGGAUAAAUAAUAUCCCAGAGUGGGACUUUGCAAGUGGACACAUCGUUAGGGUCGGUGGGACGUCUAUUGUCAUAUGCCAGCAUGUCCCACACGCCAUCACGCUGGUCCGAAAAGAUUACGCGAAGCGGAUCCUGUCCACCCCCGGUUCGGCAGACAAAACUCUCACUUACCUCAUACUCUCCGUGCGAGAGCUUAUCCUGUAUCGGAUAAACAGCGAGGUCGAAAGAUAUACGGAAUCCAAGCGUCUAUUCGAUGGGACAUAUCCUCCUUCAGAAGAAGCCAUCGAAAUCCUCCUCCAAGCCACGCAGACCAACAUCCUUACGACUCCUUUGCACAAGCUCCCCAUUGAGCUACAGGAUGCGAUCCUUGACAAGGUAUCAGCGGGACCAAUUGAGAGCGCUAGGGUUGGCUGCCUGCUUGAUGCGGGAUCAGUUUUUACAUGGAGAAGCGGCAAGCGAAAGAUUGAAAGGGAAGAGGGCCGUCGGUGUAGAUCAUCUUGUACUCCUGUAGAGUCGCAGAUUUUGUUCGGUGGCUAUCCUAGUGGUAUAGCAUACAAGUAA